GCACAUCCUGAUCCGCCAUGGCCAUCUUGGACAAGGGCUGCUUUUGCUGCGAGUUGGGCACGUGCGUCAAAGUCCAAGGGUUUUUCUUGGCGGCCGUGUUCUCCGUGCUCGCCAUCCUGGACGUGGUGCUGCUGGCCGCCUGGGUGGUGCCGCGCGAGCAGAACCCCGGGCCGUACGCGGACGAGUCCGACCGACGGACCAUCAGCAUCGCCAAGGUCGGCUGCGCCGUGCUGCUCAUGUGCCUGAUCGUGUGGGUGCUGCUCGUGUGCCUCCUCCUCUACGGCGUGUACAAGAGAAAGCGAAUGCUGUUCUGGCCGUACAUGGUGGUCGCGGGCUUGCACUUGUUCAUCACCGUCGGCCUGCUGAUUUUCUACGCUGCGUCCGUCAACUCGCAGAUCCCCAACAUCAUCUUACUAGCGAUAGUGCUCGUGGUGCAGUUCUACCUCCUUUUGAACGUUAUCAGCCUCUUCCAGAAGCUGGGAGAAGAUGAAGAACUCGAAUCCACCAUACACAUCCACGAGCAGCAGACGUUAUGACAGUCACGGGGUGGAAGCCCUCCGCUCCGAUGUCUCGAGCACGAUUCAUUUUUUUCACGAUUCCGUUUAGACGGAUUACAUCGAGUCCCCCCAUUCCCAUUCGUCUGUGAUAUGCCUGAUCCCUUUUUCUACUCUCUGUUGAUUAUUCUAGUAUGGACCUGGCUGGCCAGUGUGCUUUUUAGAUCUCAAACAAACCUCUCUUAUACUCAAAGGCCCCAUGUUUGUUUAGUGUUCUGGUGACCAAAUGUUUUAGUUUAAGACAUUAGUUUGUAACACAUUUUUCAGUAUUGUUGAAGAUUUUCUUCUAUAACCAUAAUUAAAAGCACCAUGAUUUCUUUUUACAA